ACCUCGUAAUUUCAUUCACAUUUCACACCAUUUAAUUUCUACCCCUCGGGAAAACUUCCAUUUUCUGUGUUUUGUUGAAAAGAAUAGAGAAAUAAAAUUUUAUUCUCCGCUUAAUAAAAAAUUCGAUCUCUUCCGCCUUUAAACGGAACUACAUGGCGACCCAAUCUGUGAAAGUGGGAAACGUUUCCUUGGGUGCAUCUGAGAAAGAUCUCAAGGAGUUCUUUUCCUUCUCCGGUGAAAUUGCAUAUGUUGAAAUGAAUGGUGAUAAUGAGCAAUCUCAAGUUGCAUAUAUUACUUUCAAGGACUCAAAGGGGGCAGAGACUGCUGUUCUUCUUUCGGGGGCAACAAUUGUUGAUCAGUCUGUUACCAUAGAAUUAGCUCCUGAUUACAAGCCACCCGCCUCUGCAACACUUGCAACAGAGAACAAAGGUUCUGCCAAUGCUGAAUCUGCUGUCCAGAAAGCAGAAGAUGUUGUAAGUGACAUGCUUGCCAGAGGAUUUAUUCUUGGCAAAGAUGCAUUGAACAAAGCAAAGACCUUUGAUGAGAAGCAUGGGCUGACAUCAACUGCUACUGCCACGGUUGCUUCUCUGGACGAGAAGAUUGGUUUCACUGAGAAAAUCAAUGUUGGCACAACCAUUAUGAAUGAAAAAGUGAGGGAAAUGGACCAGAAGUAUCAGGUGUCCGAGAAGACCAAGUCGGCCUUGACAGCUGCUGAGCAAACGGUGAGCAAUGCCAGUUCUGCUCUCAUGAAGAAUCAGUAUGUUUUAACUGGAGCCACUUGGGCUAUGGGUGCUUUCAACAAGGUUGCUAAGGCUGCGGGCGAUGUGGGGCAGAAGACGAGAGAAAAAGUUUUGGCCGAGGAACAAGCGAAGAAUCCAGAGGGAAAUGCACAGGUUAAUGAAGCUGAAUCUGUCAAAGCUGCUGAGCCUGCUGAAGGUGGCAAGCAACCUUCCAAUCCCCCAUCUACACAAGAUAAAGUUGUGGGUGAGCAACAAGCUCAGAAACCAGAGGGGAAUGCAGAGAUUAAAGAAGCUGAAUCUAUCAAAGUUACCCUGCUGUAGGAGAGCAAUCUUCCAAGCCCUAAUCAGCACAUUAUUUAAUCCUUUCAUUUACAAAGACCGUAAAUAGCAACAUGGGAAGCAUGGAUGGCUUGUCAUCUGGACAUAGUUGAAUGUAGGAUAGUUUGUCCACAUAUUGUUUUAUACAGGGAUAGCAAUGGUGCUAGUUGGGUGGAGAUUGCUUUAUCCAUCUCCACUAUAAUCACUCCAUUGCUCCAUGUCAUUCUAUUCCAUUUUUUUAUUAUUUAUUUAUAACCUAAAAUUGUAAAAGAAUAAUCUAUCUAUACUACCAUAUAAAAGCUUCUUUCA